AUGCGCGUGGCCGUGACGCAGAUGACCAGCGGCGGCGUGAUCCGCGAGAACCUGGCUACGGCCCAGCGUCUCGUUCGUGAGGCAGUAGCGAGUGGUGCUCGAGCCGUGUUUCUUCCGGAAGCCGCCGACUUUCUCGCACCGCCCAGCGACGUAGCUACGCUCACGCGUUCAGAUGACAAUGCAGCCUUUGUGCAUGGGCUAUGCGACGUUGCAAAGGAGCAAGACGUUUGGAUUAGUGUCGGUGUGCACGAGUCGCCACAGCCGGAGGAAGAGCCUACUCGGUGCUACAAUACCCAUCUGCUGAUCAACCAACAAGGCGUCAUCUGUGAGCGAUACCGCAAACUUCACUUGUACGAUGUGGAUAUCCAGAACGGUCCAACGAUCCUGGAGAGCAAUACGACUAUCCCCGGCGAAUCUCUAAAGGCCCCCGUCUCUACGUCAUUCGGCAAGCUGGGCCUUCUCACCUGCUAUGACAUGCGAUUUCCCGAAGUAUCCUUAUCACUUCGCCGUCAAGGCGCCGAGAUCUUGGCAUACCCAUCCGCGUUUGCGGUCCGAACAGGUGCGGCCCAUUGGGCGCCGCUGCUUCAAGCGCGCGCUAUCGAUACACAGUGCUACGUGAUUGCCGCGGCGCAAGUUGGAUUGCAUCCAGGCACUACUCGCUCUUCCUGGGGUCAUGCGAUGAUUGUGGAUCCUUGGGGCUCGAUUGUUGCGCAGUGCAGCGACAUGCCGCCGUUCUCUGCGUCUUUUUGCCUCGCUGAUUUGAAUAUGGACUCGCUGUACAAGAUUCGUACCGAUAUGCCCUUGUGGCAGCAACGCCGUGUGGAUCUGUACCCCACAUUGUAG